AUGCUGACAACAAUGUCUACCGUCGCGUUCGAAUUGAAUUCGUCUUAUUACACGACAGCGAUCGGCAACAGCGCGCUCGACGGAUUCUCAGUGAUCGAGUCGGAGAAUGCUACUUCCGCGCUGUACAUGCUGCCUGCCUACAUUCGAACGACUUCGAUGGUCGCUUGUAUUAUUGUGAUGAUUCUGGGCAUAGUAGGCAAUCUAAUGGUGCCGUUAGUUGUGUUGCGGGGAAAAGACAUGAGGAACAGCACAAACAUCUUCCUAGUGAAUCUGAGCGUCGCCGACCUCUGCGUGCUAGUGAUCUGUACGCCUACCGUGUUAAUCGAAGUCAACUCAGGGCCGCAAAUCUGGCCGCUCGGCGAGCAUAUGUGUAAAGCUGUCCCAUUCGUGGAAUUAACUGUAGCGCAUGCUUCGGUACUCACAAUUUUAGCCAUCAGUUUCGAGCGCUACUACGCCAUUUGCGAACCUUUGAGGGCGGGAUAUGUAUGCACAAAGGCAAGGGCAACUUUUCUUUGUUUCUCGGCAUGGGUGGCAGCGGCGCUGUGUACAAGUCCCAUACUGCUUAUGGUUACCUACGAGAUAGAAGAGAACGUCGACGGUACGUACAUACCUACUUGUACGACACCGGCUUCGACAACCUGGAUGACGGGCUUCAUCCUAACGACGAUCCUCGUGUUCUUCGUGAUUCCUCUACUGAUCUUAAUAGUCCUAUAUACGGUGAUUGCAAGACACCUAAUGGCGAAUCCGGCGAUAAGUCGUGGACCGGCAAACAACCUGCUCAAGUAUCGCAAACAGGUGGUCAUGAUGCUUGCCACGGUGGUGCUAUGCUUUUUCUUGUGUUUGCUACCCUUCAAGGCUCUUACCCUCUGGAUCAUCAUCGUGCCGCCCAAGACGGUUGUCUCGCUUGGAAUUGAAGGAUACUACAGUCUUCUGUAUUUCUGCAGAGUCAUGCUGUAUUUGAAUUCGGCAAUUAAUCCGAUCCUCUAUAAUUUGAUGUCGACCAAAUUCAGGGAGGGUUUCCUCAAGUUGUGCGGUCUAGGUCCCGCCAAGAGGAAGAAGAAGAAAACGUCGGAUCGUACGGGUACUUACACGACCGGGUCGACCAAUUGCAGUAGCAGUCAUUCGGACUUCUGGCGAAGACACAGCAGCAAUAGAAGCUGCAACGUGAAGGUACCAUGCAACAACGACCACACGUCCGCGGAAAAACAAAUCAAAUUGCCUUUAUUCACGUCUGUUGUAUCUGGAAAUAUCGUUAAAAAGAAACAAGAGAGUUACGUUUAA